GAAAGCCCGCGCGCUGCGCUGUGACGGCGGAGGAUGCUGUGAGCGAGCGAGCGGAGCCUGAGGCGCGGCGGGGUCCGACCGGGAUGCUUUGUUGCGUCUCCCGCCGGGCUACAGGCCUGGGUUCUCGGUGGGCAGUUGUGAAGUUGGUUUCUAAGAGAAAUGAACAGAAAUAACCCACUUUGAGGAAGGCAUGGCAAAACCAAAUACAAAACACAGAGUUUGUUCUCGGGAAUCUUCAGUAUCUUCUCUGUUAGCGAGCUGCAGCCUCAGUGGUAGUAAUUCCUCUACCGCUGAUGGCUCUGUUCAGUAUAAGGAUAAACUGUACAGUUCUGCAUCUCAGGCUCUGCAGGCCUAUAUUGAUGAUUUUGAUCUAAGCCGGAUGUAUCCUGGUGUAAGCACUGGAAAGAUUAACAUUGAUAAAUGUCCUGCUAAUAUGCCAGAAUUCUCCAACUAUAUUUAUAAACCAAACCAUGCUUUUGAAAAAUUUCAUCACAAAAAAAGCUCCUUGUCCUCAUCUUCUAGAAGACGGACUAUUAAUGACAUAGACUCCAUUAGCCUCACAACUGAUGAUCUGUUAAAACUUCCAGCAGAUGGAUCAUUUCCUUUUACUUGUGUUGGACCAGGUCAUCAAAUUACCAAGAAAACCAAGAAAUGCAUUGGAAGACUGAGUUUAUCAGACACUGAAAAGAAUCAAAAUUUUCAAGAACCCUGCAUUGCCAGAAGCAAGGAUAACUUAGUUACUCCUGUGGUAUACACAAAUAUAAAUGGAAAGCAGUGUCAUAAGCUAAAAAACCUAAAACUUGUGAAUAAGACGAGUAAAUGCAUUUCUGAACCAUCUUUUUUUAAGAAAUCAUCUUUCAAGGACAGUUCAGAACGCGAACUUGAAAAGAAUUACCCAAGAUGGCUCACUGGCCAUAAAUCUGACCUUAAUGUUUCAGGGAUAACUAGUAUACCUGAUUUCAAAUAUCCAGUCUGGCUCCACAAUCAAGACUUGCUACCUGACACAAAUAGUCAAAGUAUUUAUAAAAUAUUUAAAGACGAGCAUUGUUCCCCAAGACAUAGUUAUCAGGCACAAAGAACUUCUCGACCUAUGAAUAAAUUAGAUUGUUUCGAAUAUUCUUUUGAACCCUCAAAUAUUUCAGAUUUCUUGAUUGGUGAUCAAAGAUUUGUUAAUGAAUAUAAAUGUGAUUCUGAGCAUAGCCAAUGUCAUUGUGAGAAUCCACUUCUUCCAGGACAAUCCAAAAAGCCAUUCAAUGGUGACAAAAUUGAAUUACUUAUCCUGAAGGCCAAGAGAAAUCUAGAGCAUUGUACUGAAUUACCGAAGUCGAUGAAACAGGAUGAUAGCCCUUGUUCAUUAGAUAAACUGGAAGCAGAAAGAUCGUGGGAAAAUGUUCCUGUUACUUUUAAAUCUCCUGUUCCUAUUAAAUCUGAUGACAGUCCUCAACAAGCUCCAAGGACAAAGAAUGCUAAAAGGUUCCUUGAAGAUCUUUUAAAUGAUGAUGAUCAGAGCUGUACCCUGUCUGGAGGAAAACAUCAUGGUCCUGUUGAAGCCCUGAAACAAAUGUUAUUUAAUCUUCAAGCCGUACAAGAAAGUUUUAAUCAGAAUAAAACUGUGGAGCCAAAAGGAGAGAUUAAACAAGUUUCAGAAGAUGAUUUCUCUAAAUUACAAUUGAAGGAAGGUAUGGUUCCGAUUACUAGGUCACUUCAAAAGGCUUUGCACCAUUUAUCUCGCCUGAGGGACCUGGUUGAUGAUACCAGUGGGAAACAGUCACCGAAAAUGUGAAGAGGAAAAUAAAAGUUUAACCAAUAAAUAGUCACCACAAAAA